AUGUUAUUAUGGAAUUGUGUUCAUGAAAUUUUGCCAGUUGCAGAUACUUUAUCGAAGUACAUGGAGUCAAUUUCUAGAUAUUGUAGUCGUUGCUCCUAUAUUCCUGAAACUCAUCUACACUUAUUUCGUGAUUGUGGUGAUUCAAGCAUUCUUUGGAAUUUCAUUUUCCAACGUAUUACAGUAGCCAAAGAAGUUUUCUUGAAUUCUUUCUUUAAUUUGAAUUGGCAACAAUGGAUGGCCUAUAAUCUUAGUUUAAGCAGAAGUUGGAGAAUGGUUUUCAUUGUGGCUGUGUGGCAUAUUUGGAAGGCACGAAAUAGAGCAGUGUUUGAGUUGAAAAUGAUCAAACCUUUUUCUGUCUAUAAUGCUUUUUAUGUAGAUUAUAGGGAAAAUAUUUUAAUGAUGCAGGGAAAGGGAGCAGGAAACUGGUUGCAGAAGGCUCCAGCGUGGAAACCACCAGCACCAAGCUUUUUAAAAUUGAACAUAGAUGGUAGCUGGAAAGAGAAAGAUGAAGCAGGAGGUGGUGGUGUGUUUCGAAGCGAGACAGGAAAUUGGUAUAUUGGUUUUGCGAGUAAAUACAAUGCCAUUACACCACUUGCAGCAGAACUUUAUGCGUUGAGGGAAGGCCUUCAAAUGGCAGUCGAGUAUGGAGUGCAAAAACUUGAAGUGGAAACGGAUGCGGAGCUGUUGAUAAAAUUGUUGACAUCAAUGGAAGAUUAUUAUCAUCAUGAAUUGGCUCCGGUUAUCAAAGACGUAGCUUGCCUGAUGACAAGAUUCAGUUCUUUCUCGAUCACUCAUCUUCCAAGGUUAUUCAACAAGCUAGCUCAUUGUAUGGGGCAGUAUGCAAUUUCAAUGGCAUUGGGACAUAAAGUGUUCCUGGAUCCGCCACCAUUCACGGAUGUAGUGUAUCAGACUCAGCUUAAGCAGGCCAAGGAUAGUUUAAAGCAGAUGGGGGAGUCUUCUUCAGCAUCUCAACGACGGGAACAAGUAAUCAACUUGGAGAUUCCUCCCCCACCAGAAGAACAUCCCUCCAUAACGGUCACAACAGAAAUUAUGUUUGGAACUAUACCUACCAAAGUGACUACUCAUUUGGUGAGUGCAAAGACAGCUUCAGAUGCAAAGAAAGGCCAAUUCUCAAGCGAUAAAGAGUAG